AUGACGGUCGAAGCAGCCGAAGAGCGUGUGGGAAAGGACAAUGGCCCCGACCUACAAUCCGCCAACAGAACCCAGCGCGAUCUCGAGCGGAAUGACGAGAACCUCGAUACAGCCACAAGGAGUGCGUUUCGUGCUCUCGUAGAGGAUUUUAGUCCAAUAUGGUUCACAUGGUGCAUGAACGCCGGCGUGAUUGGGGUUCUUCUCCAUCAACUGCCGUACCAAUUCUCCGGCUUGAGAGUGCUCUCGACCGUCGCCUUCUGCGUCGACCUGGUUCUCUACAUUGUCUUCUCGGUUUUAUAUACCCUACACUUCCUCAUCUACCGACGACAAUCAUACGCCGAGCUGACUGGCAGCGUGAUCGAACUAUGUCUCCUGCCGUGCUGGUGCAUCGCCUGGAUGACACUCACCUCCUUCAUCAGCCUCACGGUCAGCAACGCGCCGUGGGGAGGGCACGCGUUCACCAUGCUCGCGGUGGUGAUGUGGUGGAUCGCCACGGCGUGGAUGUACGGCAUGCUCUUCUUCGCGUUCGCCACGUUCAUUCGGCAACACACAAUCGUCUCGCCUGACCAGCAACUGCCGGCCUUGAUCAUCAUCCCGGCCGUGGGAGUCUCGACGCUCGCGCUAGUCGGCGCCGUCGUAUCGAGCGACUCACACGACAUCUCAGCGCGACUCGCGGUGCCCAUCAUCAUCACGUCGUUCUGCUCCGUGGGUAUUGGUAUCCUGCUGGGGUUCAAGUUGACCACGUAUCUGUUUCACCAACUGCUCGCAAAGGGUUGGCCGGCGCCGGCAAACACGCCUACACUGUUCAUGUUCAUCGGACCAAUGGGCCAGUCGGCCGCGGCGCUGCAGAUGCUUGGGUCGGCGGCCAACACGCACGGCGCCUUCGGAGACUAUCACCGGGGACUGUUCCUUACCGGUACGGCGGCAUCCGUGCUCGAAGUCGCCUGUGUUCUUUUGGCGCUGUUCAUGACCGCGCUGGGUGCAGUUUGGAUGGUCCUGGCAUUGAUCGGAAUGCUUGAUCGUGCAGUGCAUGGGCAGUUGAUGUGGACGCCGACUUGGAAUGCCAUUAUUUUCCCGACGGGGACCUUGGUCACGUCUUUGCUGGUCCUGGCACAGGAGAUGGAUUCUCCCUUUUUCCGGGUCGUCACGACUAUCAUCGUGGUGUUCUUGGUGAUUGUAUUCUUCAUUAAUCUUGUCUUCACCUUGACGAGGAUAUGGCAGGGGAAACUGCUGAUUGUCAAGCGGAACCCGCGGGCUCCCGGAAAAGAGGGGACGAAAGAGAAGUAG